GGCAUUAGGCAACAACAAAGUACCCGGCCACAUUGCUGUCAGAAGUAUAUUGUUUUGUAAUAAAAAAAUAUAAUUUUGCAACUUGCCAAAGCCUUGCAACCCUGUAAGAGACGGCCAACGGUCUAAUACUUUUUCUGUCUUUUGCACAGCAGUCCUCCAAAUUAAAGGCUACAGAGUUGGGCCCUCGGUAUAAGCAGUCACCAGACCACCCAGUCACUCCACCCACCACGUAACUAGAAUGGCCGGCUUUCCCGAGCACGCCCGCGCAGAGGAUACGGAGGUUAAUGUUUGGAUCCGCUUUGGUCUUAGGCUGGGCGUCAGCGCCGCCCUUCAUCCGUUCGAAUAUUCCAAAACCCUCAUCCAGCUGGGUUACGAACCAAUCGCUCCUCUGCCCGGCAAGUCGAUACUGGGCAAGCCGAUCAUGAAGUUGCCGAACAUCUUUCAGUACGCUGGCCACAUUCGGCGGAUCGACGGCUUCUACGGUUGCUACCGCGGUCUAGCUCCUAAAUUGGUGGGUUCUCUGGUGGCCAUGGUGGUAAGCGACCGAGUGGCCGAUCAACUGGGCCUGGAGCAGCCAGAGGAGAAUAAGGACGACUCGCAGCUUAGUGAUGAGGAAUUGUACGUCCAGUUCAAGAAAAGUCUGAAGCGGGAUAUUGUUUUGAUGGUGAGCGGAGUCGUGGCCUCGCAUCCUUUUCACGUAAUCUCGUUGCGCAUGAUGGCGCAGUUUGUCGGCCGCGAGACCUUGUACACCUCUAUUGUGGGCUCCGUGGCCGAGAUUUGGAAGUCUGAGGGAAUAGCGGGAUUUUUCGCCGGUCUUGUGCCAAAGCUGCUGGGCGAUUUGGCCUGCCUAGUGCUCAGCAGCUCCACGAUCUACAUCCUUAACAAAUAUAUCAUCAAGGACAAGUUAGGCAGGCAAUACAAUUCCGGAUUCACACAGUUUGCCGUAUCUAGUUUACUGUAUCCACUGCAAGUGGUGUCCACCUGCUCAGCGGUAAGUGGCUCACGCCUGAUGGCUGCCCAACCGCCAAUUAUGCCGGCCUACAGGAACUGGGUAGACUGUUGGAAUGAUUUGCAGGUUCGCGGGGAGCUUAAGCGCGGCAGCUCCCUUUUCUGGCGGUCACAAUCCAUCAGUUCUCCAGUAAUAGCCACCUCAUUCGCGCCCUUGCCUAAGCUGGCGCGUUACCAGUAGCCGUCAACAACGAGGCUGGACGACCACGGACGGGCUCCGGUAUGACAAGCUUCAAUCCAAGGCAACUGCAUUUUUCUACUGUCUCCAAGCCCAGCCAUAAUUCUGUUAAUACAAGUUUAGAUCUACAUUGAAGUGGAUUUUCAUCGUGGUCCGUUAGUCUUGCGCGAUGUUUUCUUUUCUUUCAGCAACUACGAGCACUGAAAUCGUGAAAAAAUCUUUCCCAAUCUUGUGCAGACUCCGAUAUAAUUGUUGUUAUUGUUUACUGCAAAAUUUUGGAAAUAAAUCGUUUUGCCCUACU